AUGGCUUUAUUCGACAAAUUGUUUUCUCUUAAGAGAAAACUUGAUGAUCGCGAAUUACAAAACCGCAACAGGUCCUGUCAGAUAAAUCCGGAGCAAGUGCGGUUGCUUCUAUUUAAGGAGUGCGAUCAAAGAGGGAGGAAGCUUUUAUUUGAUUCAUCUACAAUACUGAAAGUGCCAGCGCUGCAAAAUGACCGGCCUAACGUCAAACAGAGGGUUGAGGUACCCAGCAUCGUUGAGGUGUCAGAAAGUUACACAUAUCUGUACAAGGGCCCGGCGGCGGAUGCGAGUGCUCUCGGUGAGAUGAUCUUCGGUGCAGUCGCAAUGAACUACAAGAAUGUUGCUCUCAAGAUACACAUUAUGGAUGAGCCGAGGAGGCUAAUGUGCGCAAAAGUAUUUUGCGUGCCGUCUCGACGGGUAAGCCGAGCCAACGCAGAUCGCAAUUCAAACAGAAGAAUCGCCAGUAGCAGUGGGGAUUUCGGCAGUAGGACCAACCCACAGAGCGUUCCUUUAGUGCCUGAAGAAGGAGUAUCAUUAAGCUUUUCAAUGGAUAGAGGAGAUUCGGGAUUUUACGGGGAUCAUUCGCCUUAUAGUAGUGUGGGGUCCACCAAGGAUUACUUUUCCAUGUUCGACAACGGCAACAUCAACAACCAGGAGGACUGCUACUCUUUUCAUUUGCCACCCGGACGAAAGUUGAGCACUUCAAGCAACGGCAGCUGGCAACGCAGAACUUUCCAGAAUAUGGCGACCAGGUUUGAUCUUGGACGGCAGAGUACUAAUCUACUAGAAGUACCAACAUUCUCCAGCAAUGGCGGAAGCUCCGAUUCACAAAUGUACAGCAACAGCUCAACAAGCGGCACAAACGAGAGCAUAGCAAGCUCUGGGUCGAUGAUGGUGUACAAGAAGAACAAACUGGGUUUAGCAUUGUUGAUAACCGUCACUGAAUCUGCGCAAAUAGAUGUAGUGCGACGAUGUCUGGAACACUCACCCCAACUACAAGCCCUGGUGUGCCGACUGCGGUUGGCGACGCUGUCAGCUGGUGCUAGCGGUGGGUUCGUGUCGACCUUGCACCGUGCCGCCGAACAUGCUGCUCGGUGGCUAUCGGACUUAGUGUACGGGCCCCGCUUGCAGCCGGUGUGGUUGAAUCUAGUCAUGGCCGAUACAAGAAGUUCCAACCGUCUAGCCGAGUCGUUGCUCUGCGAUUUCUGCUCGGUACUAUCCGUCGGGGACACCAAGGAUACCAACUUUUUUAUCAGCACGUUGUUGACGCAUAUGUUGACUUACCAUCUUGGUUGGGUGGCUACUGUUAGUCCAUACGACACUAUCGAUCACCAGGUCAAGCAAGACACCGGAGCGGAUACAAGAAAGCCAUACAACGCACUUUGGGCUCAACUCAGUGACCUCUGCGGUAGCAUUGGCUUCCCACCUCGCGCAGCUAGAACCAUCAUAAGUGGCGAAGCUAACACGCAAUUCCUCAACAGACUGCUCGUAGUGUUAACUUACUUUCUCCGUUGUGGCGAUGUUAAACGAAAUAACUUUCAAUUUCAAGAGAGCACCAUCAAAGAGAAAAUCAUAAUAAAUGUUUCAUCAAAUAGUGAAUGUGUCGUGCCCGAACAGGGUACAGGACUCAGGCGAACAGCCACGCAUGUGGCCAAACUUGAACAGUGCGAUGUGCGAACUUUACAAGUGCCAGAGAAUACUCAAAGUAGUGAUAGUAGUGUCAGUACCUUAGCGGCGUGCGAGGUCAGCAUUAAGAGGACGUCCACGCUCGCGAAUUUAGUUCAAACGCUCUCUAGUAGCUCGGACAAUUCCGAGGCGGAUGGCAGCUCCACGAGCGAUGUGGCGGUCACCAGUCGGAUUAAGAGGAUCCCAACAGCCAUGGUGUCUCUAAAACCCUCUUCGGAUUCUAGUCCUAGUUCAUCCUUUUCCGAGAACGACCCAGAAAGCGAGCAAAAAGUUGUCUUUGUGUUAGGUGAUAGCGAUAAACUAAUAGGAUUGAAAAACAAGUCUGUCGGUGGCAAAAGUGUGAAGAAGUCUUCCAAAAUUCACAACGAGCCCGUGAAUCUUGAUAUACAAGAGAAAACGACGGAACCGUGUAAAAAUGAAGGCUGUGAACAAAAUAAAAGGACCGAUACUCCGUCAAAGUGCUGCGGGCAAACGCUUCAACAUUCCAAACCAAUCAAACAUUCCGGUUUUAAGUUUGAGUUCGAUAAGUACCCUCAGAUAGUCACUAAUUAUAUGAAGAGUAAAAACUUAGAAAUAUUAGAUAGACAUUAUAUUGGUAAACCAGGGAAUUUGAAGUUGGAUAACUUUCAGUUUGACCCCACUAUAGUUCCGCCGAUACAAGAGGAGAGAUGCGAGACUUGUGUCAAGUGUCAAAUGAUGGAAUCUAUGCUGCAGACCCCAACUAACGCUUCUGAAAUGGAAUACCUGAACGAUAUACCACGUCAAACGGAACCUCAGUAUGCCAAGGAAUUGAUAGUCGAAAAUACUGCAAUCCCAACUCGAGAAACGACACCAAAAACUUUUGUAAGACGGCGGAAAGAGAACACAGUUGUGGUAAAUCUAACUGAAAUAGCAAAAAGCCCCACGUGUGAUGACAACACAGAGACAAAAAGGCGAGAAGCGCGAAAAGUGAUUAGAGGGAUAGAGAAAGAUAAAGUGGUGGAAGUAAAGCAAGUUUUGGAGUUUCCGAUGCCCCGGUUGUGUUCUACAUUAGAGCUCGAACAAACACGGUCGGGGUUUGACGGAUCAUUGCUGGGAGGCGUCACAGACCAUUAUGUACCUGAUUUAAUUUUACAAGGAGUAAUCACAAAGCCAAACGCAUGGGAGAGUGAACUGCGGCGCGACUUGGAUCUCACAACAUAUGUAAACAAGACAAUGGAGUCGCCAAUACAAGCCAUCGCCAUUAUAGGGGAUAUCAACACUUGGGAAGUGAGAGUGAUAGGCAGAGACUGUGGUACAAACGGCAUGUCAUCAUUGGUGGGUGCCAUGAUGGAUACGUUACCCGCCAUGUGGAGAGCGAAAGUUCCUGCCCAACAGUGUAUAUACUUUUUAGAAAGCAAACUGCGCGAGUUCUGCGUGCUCUCGAAGACGUUAGCCGACAUGUUGAUGUCUACAGACUUCUGCGACAUCGCCACCCUCACGAAAUCUUUAAACAUCGACGUCAACGACGUGCCUCUACUGCUGGCUGUCGCCACCACACACACGCCGCAAGUUGCUACCAGAUACGGACUGAGUUAUGGAUAA